AAACGGUGGAGGGAAAGACGGUGGCGGCGUUGGCUUGCGGAGCCGUGGUGAGGGUCAGGUGUGAGCAUCUAUAACUAGCAACACCGUGUUCUCUAGUCACCAUGGCAAAGAAGAGGGAUCUCAAUAACCUGUUGAUUAGGUGUGAGUGGGCAUCGUGCACCUUCGAGGGCACCACCAUGGAGGAGCUGAGUGAGCAUAUGUCACUGCACUUGAAGGAGCAUUUGGGAGACAGAGACGCUAUGGAGGAACUUGAUGAUUAUGCUUGUAUCUGGAACGGCUGCGAGUUCUUGGCCAUGGGUAACCGUCAGAAACUUGAAGUCCACGCUUACUUUCACACCUACCAUGCAAAGCUGAAGUUCAUUGGAACACAGCUGCUAACAGCCCAUGCGAACCUCCCCAGCUGCAACCAGGACCCACACAACAACAACUUAGUUUCUGAAGGCCCACUUGCCUGCCACUGGGAGUACUGUGAUAGUACAUUUAACAAUCCUGAGUGGUUCUACCGCCAUGUAGACAACCAUGUUCAGUGUACUGAACAGCAGCCUCUCUCACAACAGCAACAGGCUUUCUUUUGCCAUUGGACAGGCUGUGAUGCUUUCUUCAAGAUCAAGUACCGUCUAAGAGAACAUUUACGCAGCCACACCCAGGAGAGAGUUGUGGCCUGCCCCACGUGCGGCUGUAUGUUCUCCAGCAACACAAAGUUUUUUGACCACCUCCACAGGCAGGCUACGCCAGAAGGAUCCUUGAAAUGUGAACAUUGCGGUAAAGCUUUUGCCAACGAGAGGCUCUUGAGGGACCAUGUGCGUCAGCAUGUGAAUCAUAUCAAGUGUCCCUUGUGUGACAUGACUUGCACUACUUUGGCAACCCUGAAGAUCCACGUGAAGUUCCGCCAUUGUGAUGAGCGACCUUUCCCGUGCGACUUCUGUGAGAGCAGCUUCAAGAACCGGCAUGACCUGCGGAAGCACAUGGAGACUCACAACGAAGGGGCUGCCUACCACUGCACAGUAGAGGGAUGUGAUUAUUCCUCUCGUAUGGCGCACAGUAUGAGCCAGCAUUACAAGAGAGUACAUGAGGGUGGCAUGGUCUCCAAAUACAAAUGCCAUAUUUGUGAUAGGACGUUCUCCUGGUGUUACACACUCACCCUACACCUACGGAAGAAACACCAGCUGAAAUGGCCAUCUGGGCACUCACGCUUUAGAUACAAAGAGGAUGAAGACGGCUAUCUGAAAUUGAACAUGGUGCGGUAUGAGACAGUGGAGGUGACCCAGGAGAUCAUGAAGAACAUGGCCAAGAGGCGCCAGGUUUCCCGGAAGGGCCCCAGCACCAGUGGUCAGACCAAGAGAGCCACUGCCUCGGCAAAGAGUGGCCAUGGUUCUCCUGCGGGCUCCUCUUCCCCCUCCUCUUGUUCCACGUCCAGCUCUUCUUCAGAGAUAUCUGGGGGAGAGGACAUGUCGUCUCAACCCAGCCCACGUGGCAGUGAUUCUCCUGUCUACUGCAUCAUGAAUAGCAUUCCUCACAUUGAGGAUGAGCCCAGUGGAUUACCCCUGGAGGACUGUGACUCCAGUGGAACAUUAGGAGCAGUCCAGGCCCUAACUGAGGUUGCUCGAGGCCUGGGCAUGGAUGUGGUGUGAAUCCCUCAAAUGACAAUGAUCCUCAUGGCUUAAACCUUAGUUAUACUUUGCAUCCUCUGUACUCAUUUUGUUGAAGUACAAGAGGUUAUUUGGUUCGUCUCAGGUGUAUUUUGCAUCGUAGCUGAGGAGAGACAACAGUGGAAUUGAAGCCAGCUAUUGCUGCCACCAAUGUUGCAUAGAUCAAAGAAGAUUAAAUCAGUUCAUCUGGAUACAUUUAUGACAUACAUUUAGAGUUUGUAAUAUAUGUUCAGGUGGCAACAUCCCUCCUGUUCAUCCAGCCCAUUUAACGAACAACUUCUUCUCUUUACAGCUGUGUUCAUACUGCCGCUCUGUUGAAUCUGGUGUAUGGAGGUUGGUGUGUAAUAUAGGGCGUAGUGUCUGCGAGAUACUUGAAAAUUCUAACCACAAAUGUUUUGAAUGAAAUAUCAUAAUACAGCACUUUUAUGAACUGUUGUCUCUUA